AUGUCCUCCUCCCAGGCCGCCGUAGUCAAGAAGUCUUCGAGCACGCUACAGCGCUUGGUCGUGGACCCGUUAAUGAACAUGGCCCACAAGAUCGAGGGUCACUCGGUCAAGAAGGUGAAGUCCAUGGAGCCUGCGAUGGCAGAGUGGAUCAAGGCGCAGGAGGCCACUGGUGCCGAUGCCGCCACGAUCAGCCGCCAACGCUUCUUGCGCGAGCAGCAUCAGCUCAUGAGCUACCGCGUUGUCCGCUUCUUUGAGGAGUGCCGCUACAUCGCCUCUGGUGAGUACUACAAGAACUACAACAUCGGCUGCUUCCUACAGGAUGCCCGCUUCGCCACGCAGGCGUUCUUCAUUUUCCUGAUGGCGGUCAUGGCUGGUCGCCGUUCUGUGUACCCGCCCAUCUCCCCGAGCAGCCCGCUGGCCGUUGCCCUUGACCAUAAGGCGAACCCGAACUACUAA